UAGAUGAUGUGGCAACUCUCCUGCUAUCUAUGGGCUUCUUUGUCGGAGGUAUGACAGGAUUCAUCCUCGACAACACAGUGGCAGGAACGCCGCUGGAGAGAGGCAUCAUAUAUUUCACGAGUGCCGAGCACAGCACGUUCCACGCGUCGAAGCUCGCCACGUACGACAUUCCGUACGUGACCGGCUACCUGGACAGGCUAGCCAUCAGCAGAUACAUCCCGCUCUUUCCUCAGUUCGGACAGGAGCGACGCGCACACCACGACGCUGCCGACAACAAACAUCCGACAUCGGACAACUCGGACUGUGAAACACACCGGGUGUAGGUACACUCCGCUGUAUAAUCCCCCUGGAAGGUUACGCGGGUGCUGUGCUAACACACUACAGGUCUGGGUUGUGACAAUAACGAUACGCAUCGACGGACGCUGUAAUGCAUGCGAUUUCGGGCUGUUGGCAAUCGUAGGGGUCACAUCUCACGGGGUAAGGCCGAUCCGAGAUUUUUUGGCUGGCUGCAUAAACGGGUUUCCGUGAAUUUUCAGAGUUAGAUUUUAUAUUUAUAUAUACUACUGUAUUACAAUACCAGAGUCAAUAAUGUCGAGGGCUGAACAAACCAACUUGUUUUGAGCAAUCCACAGAGACGUUGGAGUCAGUCUAAGCUUUACUAUUUGUUACGAACAAUCAGAGCACUAUGUCCUAGCGCUCAAGGGGUCGUUGUCGUAUCAGGUACUACAGA